GUGGCGCGUUGGCGAUGCGGAGUCAGGGCGGGCGCCGGUGGCGACCAAACGCGCCCCUCGCGAUACGACGCAGGCGCGCGCCGCACAACCGACGCUCAGUUGGAUCGAUAAGAUAAACGCGCAACCCCGGUCUACGAGUUAAAUCAAUAUAAAUUCUAUCGAUUUUUGCAGCCGCAGCCGCCGCACACCAGAUUUGAGGGUCGCAAGCGGUGGGUGCGCGCAUUGCGUAGUUUCAUAUUAUAUUUGAAAGUUAAAUUUUUAUUGUGUGAUUAUUGUGAAAAGACAAUAAUGUGUGAGCAACAUUUUAGAAGUUCCGAGGACUUUAUCGAUUGUCGGUGUUUUACGAUGGUGUGAAAUGUAGAAAAUACUAAAGAAAAAUGACGUCUACGGACACAUACCAGUUAAAAUGGCACUCGCACAGUUCGCAUCUGAACGGUUCCGUGGCGGCGUUGCUUCGCUCGGAGCGGUUCACGGAUGUGGUGCUGUGCACGCUGGACGGGUCUCAGAUACCCGCGCACAAGUUCAUCCUGAGCUCGUGCAGCGUAUAUCUGUGCAACCUGUUCGAGGGCCAGCGUUCUGUGACAAGAAUGGGCGGCAUGCUGUAUGUCGUGCUGCCUUCCGAGAUAUCCACGAAAGCGCUGAAGAUCCUCGUAGAGUAUAUGUAUAAAGGAGAAACAACAGUUUCAAACGAAGUGUUAGACACAGUCUUGAAAGCUGGUGAAGUCCUGAAAAUCCGAGGACUUUGGAGACAGACGGAAGAUGGCGCCGGUGAAACCACAGCGGAGAAAACCGCUACACAAACCCACAUAACUACUAGUAUUAACAAGCCAGCUUUGGCUAAGAAACCUGAUGAGAUACCGAUACAACCUAAGAUAGCUGUUAAGAAAGAUGAUAAGUUGUUGAAAGCCUUCAAUCCUGGACAACCUGGUGCAAGGCCCAUGUUCAUUGGCCCACCAAAGCUAGUCUUCAUCAAAACCACCGAAGGAGGCACGCAAGCAGCAAUCCGCCCAGGUGCUCCAAAAGGCCAAACAAUUUUAGUAGCGCCAGCACCCACAGCGGAACCAACAGUAGCUGCGGUUGCUACCCCCACUCCAGCUCCGUCUACGGUAACAGUAGCAACUACUACAGUUAGUGAGGAUUCUUCCGAUGAACCGUUAACGCCUAGAAUCUUGAGGCGACAUGCAGCGGAAAGGAAAUAUGGAAAGAGGCAAAAGACUGAAACCAAAUCGGAUAAUGAGGAUACUAAGGACUCUGAGGAGGGACAUGAUAAUGUUUCUGAGGCUUCAAAAAAAUCAUCCCAAAGUAUAAUGGAAAACGAGGUGCAAAUAAAAGACGAACCAGAAUGGGACGCCAGCAGUAUCGAAGAGGAGGAACGUUCCAUUGCCGAGAUGUUCCAAGCUGAAAUGAGUGUUAAAGAUGAACCCAGUGAAGACCUUGAUAUUGAGGAUGAGAGCUUGAUGUACAGUCCGCUGGCGUGCGAGCUGUGCGCGGAGGUGUUCACGGUGCCGGCCGCCUGGGUGCGCCACGUGCAGGCGCACGCGCGCGGCGACGCCACGCACGCCAGGAAACGCAAGCUGCGCUCCGCUAGCGAUGACACAGAAGAGACCAUGGCUUUACUUCGUUGCGACCUUUGCCAGAAGCACUUCCCGAACCCCGCGGAGUGGGUGCGACACAUACAGAGCACGCACACUGAAUCAGAAUUGGCCAUAUCAAACAACAGUGCCCCACCCAAACGUCACAAUCGUUUCACAGAGGGCGCGCAAAACAAGAGUUGCUCGCAAUGCAAGAAGACCUUCCCGUCACACGCAUCCAUGCUCAUACAUAUGCGUACUCAUACAGGCGAGCGUCCAUUCGUAUGCGGCCUCUGCAAUAAAGGCUUCAACGUGAAAUCGAACUUACUACGUCAUUUGCGAACGCUACACGACCAGCUGAUCAGCCCGGCGCAGGUAGAGGAAGGCGACGAGGAAGAAGUGGUGCCUGGGCCCUCGGAGGUCAAGCGCGAGUCCUGAGGACGUGGAGGGGGGGCAGGUAGAGGGCGCGGACGUCGAGCCUACGUGAACGCGAUGGGUGACACGAACCGCCGCGCCGCCGACAAGAAGAGGCAGGCCGACACGCCGUCGCCGUCCAACGUGCCGCGCAAGCAGAGCUACUCGCUCUUCCUGAAACAGCGGGCCGUGCUCUUCUCUGCCAAGAAGUGGAAACAGUGAAACUUGGGCCGGCGACUAGCUACUUCUAUUUCGUUGUGAUUGCUUUUGGAAAUUUUACUCCAUUGAGUCUUUUGUAGGAAGCAUUGGUCAAAUUACGGUGUGUUGCACCUUUUGACUAAUGAUAACAGAACCGUUUUCAGUUGUCAAAUAGCCGUUUUUAACAAUAGGCGGCUAGUACACGGCUUGUUAUGGUUUGGUUAUCAUUACAAAAAGUGGUGCAACUUACUAAAUUACUUAUUAAAGUAAACAACAAGGACCUUCACAAUCUCUUAUCAGUUCUACUACUGUAUGUCAUUCUAAUGGAGUAAAAUUUUGAAGAGUCCUUAUAAAUAUUAUUUUAACUCUAGUUUGAGUUACCAGUAGCGAAGUCGCCACUCCCCUUUCACUAACACCUGCCCACCCUCCUUUCGUAAUUAACGGUUACUUUGUAUUUUAACAUUAUUGAGUGAAUUAUUUUUUAUAAUCCCCCUAGUUUAUUAACUUUGAAGUAUCUCGACUUCUAGUCACAUAUGUUCUAAGACUUAAUUAAUAUAUCUGCUAGUGUUUUUAUUAAGCGAUACCCCAAAUGUGUUUAGCACGACUUUGUAGGUAAGGAUAUUUUUUUCAUGUGUUAAGUUCACAGUGGGCAAUACUUUUGUUCAGUUACAGGUGAUAUAAUAUCACAAUUGUAAGUUAUAUGGAAAUAAUAUGUGUUGUGUCUUAAAUGCUAUCAUUAUUCUCACAGAUUUUUCAAUGUACCUAUGUACAAAGGCUUAGCACGCACCGACAAUUUAAUUAAGCACAAAGUAACAUUAUUUAUUUAUUGUCUCAGAUCUUAAUUGUAUGAAUACACUUAAAUCAAAAUCAAGUUUCCUAAGUCAGUAUUGGAUCAUCCAUUCUAUUCUCGAAGCUCCAUAAAGCAUGCUAAUACACAACUUCUAUAGUGCCAGAAGUUCACCGAUUCAGAAGUGCUUGCUAAGCCUUCAUCUCCGAUAUUACUAUAAACAAUUUUUAAAUGCAUGUCUCAAUUUUAAUAUUUAUCUUGCCAAUGUGUUUUACUAGUGUAAUAACGCAAGAGGGGAUAUGAUUUAUUAGAUGUAAGGAUUAUUAAUAUAAAAAAUAUUCGUAUAAUUUAACAUCGCGAAGCUUUAAGUUCGGCAUUCCAUUGUGUUAGAAGUGAUUAUUUAUUUUGAAACUUGUGUAUCAUUACACAGAAUUUUCUUGUCAUUUAAAUUCAAUACUCAUGUAUAACAUGGAUAUAAUUGAAAUAAUUUGUACUAUUGUGGAUAAUAAACAGUGAUUUAUGUCAAA